AUGCAUUAUUUCAAUGACUCAAAUACGAACAUUCCAAACUACUCUAAGCCAUCCGAUCAACAAAAGCAAAGUCCUGACACGGCUGAUACUACUCCAUCUCUUCUCCCCCCCUCUAAUAAUCUAGGUUCUGUAUCGCCCGUCCCACCGACGGCUUCAAGCAAUGCAAAUACAUCGACGGGACCCGCCCCACGGAUUCGAAGAAGGAAUCGUAUGAUUACAUCAUGUCUUGAAUGCCGACGACGAAAGCUCAAGUGUAACAAAUCACAACCAUGCAGUAACUGUUUGAAAUUUACUCGAGAUUGUGUGUUUCUUGCACCAGCGCUUGACCAGGCAAGUCAACUUAAGCUUACCGAGAUCAAGGAGAAAGUUGGCUCCCUGGAACGAUUACUAGAACGCGAUGUAGCAAAGCAUUCAAAUCAUUUAUCUUCUAACCAGCGCAUGGCAUUGCCUGAUGAUGCAGAUGAUAAUCUACCUCCAAAUGAGGAUGAAAAGGAUCUAGAGCCGUCGCCACUCGCAUCAGUAGAUGCGGUCUAUGAGGUUGACGGAGACGACGAUGACCUUCUUGAUCUUGGAAUUCAAAUGGGUAAGAUGAGGAUUACAGAACGAAUUGGAGGAUUUUUCCGUCCUAAGAUCAGCCAAGAGCUUGAGCAUGCAAUAAAAGACCCAUAUGUUUGGGGAAAGGAGGAUGAUUCGAUCGGCAUCCACACCUUACCUCCUGCUCAGGAAUGGCUGAAGCCUGGGCUAGCUUAUAUUGCUCCUUCGUCAGGUUUCUUCUUUGGACAGACAGGACAACCAGCAUCCCUCAUAGACUUUCUUCCAUCUCGACUUGCUGCCGAUAGGCUUGUCAAACAAUUCUUUAUAGCUGUCUAUCCCAUCGCACAAAUUUUGCAUCGGCCAUCAUUCGAGAAAGAAUACGACACAUUCUGGGACGAAGUCUCAUUAGGCAUCGAGCCUCCUAAUCCUGUCCAAGCUAUGGUAUUUGCAGUCAUGUUUGCUGGUGUUGUUAGCAUGGUUCCCUCAGAAGUUAUUCGUGACUUUGGUGUCGCAAAACCAAGUUUGAUUGAUAACUUUAGACUGGGUACGGAAACAGCUCUUGGUCGUGCCAAUUUUCUACGAACAACCAAAAUUGAAACACUCCAAGCUUUUGUUUUAUAUUUGAUACCUCUUUGUAGAGCGGAGGUCUCCAGAGCCCAUUCUGUACUUGUUGGAGCGGCCAUUCGUAUGGCCGAAUGUAUGGGUCUCCAUCGUGAUGGAGAGUUCUAUGGGCUAUCACCAUUAGAGACCCACGUACGUCGGCUUAUUUGGCAUCAGCUAUGCUUUCUUGAUAUCAGAACUUGUGAAGCUCAAGGCCCACGGCCUACUAUUCGUCGAGAUGAUUUUGAUACAAAGUUACCACUGAAUGUUGACGAUAUUGAUCUCCAUGCUACUGGAAAACCACCUGAGACUGCAGAUCGUUGGACAGAUGCCACUUUCUCAAUCAUCAGAUUCGAAAUCAACGAAAUGUAUAGAAUAAUCUGGGUUGACCGACCUCGAAUUCAAAUGCGGAAGAUUAGUCUCACAGCCGUUCUUAGUAAGAUAGAGACAUUUCGGCAAAACAUGACCAAGUAUGACAAGCUUAUGGAUGAUAGAGUGCCCAUCCAAAAGUGCGCAAAGCUUGUCAAAUCUGUUCUGCUUUCUCGAAUGCAUGUCAUGCUACUUCAUAGCUAUCAUAGUUCUACACAUUACCGAAUGCCCGACCGUCUACGGAACAUUAUGAUCACUAAUGGCCUCCAUUCUAUGGAAAGUGCAAUAGCUCUAGAGACUACACCAGCGCUCCACAACUGGGAAUGGUAUGGAGGGGCAUUUCAACAAUAUCAUACAGCCUUUCUUCUUCUGAUGGAAGUAUAUGUUCAUCCCCAGAGAAAGGAGGCAAACCAUAUCUGGUCGUGCCUCGAUUAUGUCUUUGAGUGUGACCCUCACCUGCCGCGACUCACCAAAGCAAGAAAGAUUCUUUCUGAAUUGCAACAGAAGACGGCUGUAUAUCAAAGUAUGAGAGGCAUGCGAGCACCGGUGACUAUGAACAAACUUGUUGGCCAGCGGCCUCCUAAGCCAACUUCGGAAGAAGGUCGUGCAACGGGUCCCGUACCGAAUCCCGUACCAUAUUUACUCGGUAAAAUGCCCCUUUCUGACUCAGAUGCAAUAAUCUCGAGUGUUUCAAACGAUGAACACGUCGGGACUUAUCCAACUGGGCGGACUAGUGAAGUAAGCAGUCCAGCUAGCACAAUGGGGCAGCAGAUAGUAUCUCAAUCAUCAAGUGUCAACGACGAUAUUAUGGCUGACAUAGACUGGGAUGCAUUCGAUGCACUAUUUCCACCAGAUCAACAAUCAGAGCUCGACGUUCACAAUUUCUCUUUUUCGAACACAGGUAUUGGCUUAUAA